UCCACGUUAUUCUAGUCUCAAGAGUUUAACAGUUAUCUGCUACGCGCGCUCGAUAAUUGCGUUUUUCCAACUUGACAGAACUGAGUGGAAUAAUCUGAUCGGCGCCCGAGAUGAAAGUUCUUCACAUUCCAUGCUUAGAUGACAAUUAUUCCUAUAUGAUCAUAGAUGAAACAACAAAGGAAGCUGCAGUAGUGGACCCAGUGGAGCCACAUAAGGUCCUUAGAGUUGCUCAAGAGAAUGAAGUUGACCUUAAGUUUGUUCUCACCACUCAUCACCAUUGGGAUCAUGCCGGAGGGAAUGAUAAAAUGAAGCAGCUUGUUCCUGGAAUAAAAAUUUAUGGUGGAUCGGUUGAUAAUGUGAGGGGUUGUACUGAUAAAGUUGAAAAUGGUGACAAGAUAUCCCUUGGUGCUGACACCAGCAUAUUAUCUCUUCACACUCCAAGUCACACAAAAGGUCAUAUAAGCUACUAUGUUACUGGCAAAGAGGGAGAGGAUCCUGCUGUUUUUACUGGGGAUACAUUGUUUAUUGCUGGUUGUGGUAAGUUUUUUGAAGGCACUGCAGAACAAAUGUAUCAGUCACUGUGUGUGACACUAGGUUCUUUGCCAAAGCCAACUCGGGUGUAUUGUGGCCAUGAGUACACAGUAAAAAAUUUGCAGUUUGCUUUAACAGUUGAACCUGACAAUGCCAAAAUUGCACAAAAGUUGGCAUGGGCUGAGCAUCAGAGAAGAGUAGGUCUUCCAACAAUUCCAUCAACCAUUGAGGAAGAAAUGGAAACUAACCCAUUCAUGCGGGCUGAUCUUCCAGAGGUUCAGGAAAAGGUGGGAUUCAAGUCUCCUGUUGAAGCCUUACGUGAAAUCAGGCAACGAAAGGAUAACUGGAAGGGCUGAAUAAUAACUCGAGCAUAAAAGUAAUGCUUUUAUAGUUCCUGUUUUGCGUCUACAAAAAGGUGGAAAUGUUACUGGCGAAAUUGAUGUCAACUGUGCUGAAAGUUUAUGCUUUUCCUUGCGAUGUUGUGUCUUUCAAAAUCAUAACCUAACGCUUUAUUUGAAAUGUAUUUGAGCAUGAGAGAGUUCGCGACUUUCCUUGGCUUAGACUCAAAUGCUGGUUAAUUUCCUGUGUAAUAUGAUGUCAUAAUCUCUUGAAAAUUUUGGCAGAUCACCAUUCAAAAGUGAGGUUCCGUUUAA